AGAGGCUCCAUCCGGGACUUGUUGUUGUUAUCCUGAGCUAACGCUACCUGUCAACCACAAGACACCUGUUUUAACCCCAAACGUCACAAUGUCUUCAGACUUUGAGUCCUACGAGCAGGACUUUGGGACACUUACAGCAGAAGUAACUAACAAAAUUGGCCGAAUCCCCAAACUAAGUGGAGAGGAGAAGACACAGCUGGUUCUAAAUGUCGACAAACAGCUUGAAGAAGUCAGAGAGUUGCUGGAGCAGAUGGACCUGGAGGUGCGGGAGAUCCCCAUCCAGAGCCGAGCCAUGUACAACAGCAGACUGAAGAGCUACAAGCAGGAGAUAGAGAAGCUCGAGAAAGACUUUAAAAGGUCACGUAUCGCCUACAGUGAUGAGGUGCGCAACGAGCUCCUGGGGGAUGAAGCCAGCUCCUCGGAGAACCAGAGAGCGCAUCUGUUGGACAACACAGAGAAGCUGGAAAGGUCAUCACGGAGACUGGAGGCCGGCUACCAGAUAGCAGUGGAAACUGAACAAGUGGGUCAGGAGAUUCUUUCCAACCUGAACAGUGACCGUGAGAAGAUCCAAAGAGCCAGAGAAAGGCUGAGAGAAACGGACGCCAACCUGGGCAAGAGUUCUCGCAUCCUUACCGGCAUGCUGAGAAGGAUCAUCCAGAAUCGGGUCCUGGUCUUCAUCCUCGGAGCCAUCAUCCUUCUCACCAUCAUCCUGGCCAUCUAUUUCAAUCUGCGAGGCCACUGAUCUCCCCUCUACACACACACACACACACACACACUCCUCCCCUGACACAAAUACAAACACACACAUGCGUGAUUAAUAGCGACAAAAGCGUUGUUCUGCUGUAAUUAGGACAAAUGGUCCCCAUGAAUCACUGUUUCCAACGUCUGACAGGGAGCUUUUUUUCCAUCUCUUUUUCCUCUCCUGUUUGCUGUUUCUUUCUCUCUCUCUGUCCCUCUCUACGUUCAUUUUCCACUGUGCUUUCUCUUUCUUUCUUUCUUCUUCUUUCUUUUCUGCUCUCAGUUUUGCUCUCUCUCUCUCUGUCAGGCUCUCUCAUACAUCUCGAGGGACAACAAUAGGGGGGAGAUGUUUUUAUGAUAGUUAAUAUUUUUCAUGGUGUCGUCCUCAGCUUACUUCUGCAGCCCAACGGUUCCCAGGUGAACAAGGCCUUGGGAUUUUUUUUUUUUU